AUGCAUGAAUUUCAGCAAGCCUAAUUUCUUAUGAAUACCAAACCAUUCUCAUAAGCACAUAAUUUACAUCUGAGAUAAAUUCAGAUACUCAAACCACAUGACCAUUUGGCAAAAGAUUUAUUAUGUAUGUCAUGUUAUGCUCUAUUACUAGAUUGUAUCAAAAUGGUGUAAAAAUCGGACCAAAAUUACAAAAUGAUAUUUUUUAUAUAAUUGGACCCUCUUGGAAAUAUAUUAUAAUAUUUGCAAACGAUCUUUAUUACAAUAUAACUAUUAAAUUAGAUUUAUUUGCUCAAUAUGAGACUUAAUUUAUAGGAAAUGUGUUGUCAUAUGAAUUCAAAAGUGUUAAAGCUAUCUUGUGUGAUAAAUAAAACUAAGUAUAACUAUGCUCUAUUGAGUUCACCUUAUACUAAAGAGGAGUUAAUAUCAAUAAUUGAAUACUCAGAAGUCAAUUUGAUAAAGGAUUGUUUAUAAAGAUGGAGAAUAAUCAUUUCUCGAUUACACCAUUUUGAAAUUGACUGGCUUCUGGCAAGGCCACAAUCCCGUAUCAUUUAAAGGCAAUUAUGGAAUACCGCACUUUAGACUUACUAUAUAGAAAUUUACAGGAAAAAAGUACAAAAUAAUAAGUUCAUAAUUAUUGAUGAGUUUAGGAUGAUAAAAUAAAUCUGA